AUGGGUUCAAAAAAGCCAAGCACGUGGUCCGUAACGCUCAAGAGAGACGGCAAGUCUCAACCGUGGGGCAUUCGGCUGGCUGGUGGAGCAGAUCUCAACACGCCACUAAUCAUAACAAAGGUGUACGCCAGAUCACCCAGUGAAGGUAGCUUGAGAGUCGGCGACAUCAUACGGAAGAUUGAAGUAUACGACGCUCGAGACUUGAGACAUUUGGACGCACAAAAUUUGUUCGGCAACGCCGACCAGUCGAUAACACUAGUUAUACAAAGGGAUGCUCCUCAGUUCAACGGCAGCAGCAGAAACAGCAGCCCAAUUCCGGUGACCAAUAAUCAUCAACUCAACCAGCAGCAGCACGUCACUGCGCGACCAAUCGGUAACGGCUUGUACGGUUACGAGCGGUCCACCCAGUCACCUGUCAACAAUUUCUGUCGCUUUCCGCCGUCGCUGGUCGACAGCGCGUCUCCGUACGACUGGGACGAGUCGCACGACUCCGUGGCGCUCGACCAACAGCCGUACAGAACGAACCCGUUAGUUUUGCCCGGAGCUAAGGUCAAGAGGGAUCCACCCAAGACCGAAUCGUACUUACGCCACCAUCCCAACCCGAUGAUGAGAGCGCAUCCGUCACACCACGAUCAACCCAUGGACACGCUGAUGAAACAAAAGGUCACGGACACGGUGUUGCAACGGAUAAGCAGCGAAGAAGCCAAGUCAAAACCCGGUAGACAGGUGGUACACAAACAGUUCAACUCGCCAAUUGGUCUUUACUCUGAAGAAAACAUCGCUAAUUCAAUCAAAUCGCAAACAGGAUAUACUCCGUACAAGAAAACAGUGCAGUACGAUCCAGCUAAAUCUGAAACGUAUAAGGCGAUUCAAGAAUCAGAACACGGAGACUUCCACGCUCAAGAGAUAUCAAAACCAGUGCAACCAAAAGUAUUCACGCCUGUUCAAGGAACAGUAAAAAAAGCUCCGAUUAGUCCUAUUAGCAACGGCCAUGGCCAUCAAAAUCAUAAUAAGUUGUCAGCUCCUUAUCAUCCAAAUCCAGGACGCGUAUCUCCACAACCUCACCCGACUGCACCACAUCCAAAUGCCAAUUACGUUUCCACUGAAGAAAUCCAUCAAAGCGGCAGUUUCAAGCGCUUGAUGCAUAUGGUUAUGACCGAAAACUAAGUGUGAAGCCAAAAUAAAUCAAUAAAUGAGCUAUUCAAUUAUUAUAUUUAAAUUUUAAAAAUGUAAGAUAGAAAUGUUAGAAAAAGGAUGUGUAUUAUUUAAAUCAUUUAACAUUUUUAUACUUUCGUCUGUAUAUAUUUAUAUAAAUUGUUAUCGUCAAUAUUA